AUGAGGAAAAUGAACACACUGCUCCUCGUGAGCUUAUCUUUUCUCUACCUCAAAGAGGUUAUGGGUCUGAAGUGUAAUACCUGCAUACACACAGAAGGAUGGAAGUGUAUGGCAGGCCGAGGCACUUGCAUUGCAAAAGAAAAUGAGUUAUGUUCAACAACAGCCUAUUUCAGGGGAAACAAACAUAUGUACUCAACACAAAUGUGUAAGUAUAAGUGCAAGGAAGAGAAGUACUCCAAAAGAGGCCUGUUGAGAGUGACACUGUGCUGUGACAGAAACUUCUGUAACAUCUUCUAA